AGGAAUUGUCAAAGUCAGAUGAGUUCUGUCAUUUUUCUCAACCUAGGAAGAAUGAGAAAAAUAAUAAUUGAAUUAAACUAAAAUAUGUUUUCAUAUUUAUUUAGUUAAAAAAUACGCAAAAAUGUUCUCCCUAGGAGGGCAGCGGGUCUUAUAUAAGUGCCUCAAAAUUUUGAGGUUAAGUUUUGUAGACUUCAGCAACUCGCCUGACUUCAAGAACUUGAACGUGGUCAGGACUGUGGAGAAGACUAUAGAUAACAAUACGAGCAUAUUUAUUGAGAGCCCCAUACACGUGAAGGUGCAACCGAUCGAUGUAAACGAUAUGAAAGCUCAUAACAAACUUGUUAUGACGUUGUACAGUCAGGGGAAGGAAACAAGUGAUUUCCAGGUCAAGCAGACGUCGAAGCGCCUGGAGUUGUUCAGCAAGAAUAAGUCUUCGGAUCGCAAUGAUAUUUGUUUAAUAAGAGUACCGUAUCAGCUAAAUGUGCAGGUCACAACAACAGAAAAGGCUUCAGUAUUUUUAACAAAAUUGGAAGGUGAUGAGUUCGUCGUAAAAACAGAAAAAGGAUCCGUGAAAGUGUCGGAUGUUAAGGCUCAAAAUAUCAAAGUGGAAAGUGUAGAAGGAGAGGUGCACACAGACGGCCGACUCCAAGCUAGUAAUAUAGAUUUGAAAACUGGUCUUAACUCUGGCAUUUGUUGUAAUAAUAUCAUGGCGAAUACCUUUAUGGUUACUACCCACGCUGGACCCAUAGCUGUAAAGUCCUGUUACAGUGAUAAAUCACAUUUUACAACACUAAUGGGGAAUAUUAAUCUGGAUCAUUUACAUAGAUCGGUGAUGAUAGAUGUGAUACAACAAGGAAACCUGCACAUUACAGGUUUCUGCGGCAACCUGCAGGCUUCGUUGAAGAGCGGUGAGGUGUUCAUGCACGCAUCACAACUGAAAGACAAAAGCAGUAUUUUUAUUCAUGAAAAAGGAAAAGUUGAGCUGUUGAUACAUGAUAUUUUAAAAAAUUUGCCUGCAACAAAUUUAAUUGCAGAUAGAAUCAAGGUAGACGACAAGAUAUUGAAGUUGGGAAGAUUUAUGGAUGAUUCCCAUCCGAAGAGGUUCAGAUUUGAAGGUGAACCGGACAACGAGUUGCAUAUAGUCUGUAAGAAUGGCUCUAUAGAGUUGAAAGAGACAAGCAUGCCAUUUCUCAUAUAACUCACUUAGUAUAUUUGAUAGUUGUAUUAGUGAAUAUUGUAUUGUUUGUAUAUGAUGAGCUUGCUUGCUUUAUUUAAACUAAACAAUUUAUGAAAUACAUGUAUUACAUAUUAACUGUCUAAUGAUUGUAGAUCUAAAUCAUUAUGAGGCUAUUUUUAAUGAGUAGUUAUAGUCACAUUAAAUGCUGACUUGCAAUCGUUAAUCCAGUAAAAACAUCAAUCAUUCUAUAUUUUCAAGAAUAUCAAAAAUAAUGAAAAUUUUUUUUCUUUGAUUAACAGAAAUUAUGAUCCCAUGCAUUUAUUUUGCAUCAUAUAAAUACAGAUUAUAACAAUUAUUGGAAGGUUGUUAGCGCAAACUUGAUAAUAUUUGGAUAGAAACAAUAUUAAAAGUAAGCUAAUAAAAUGUGCUAUAAAAUGAUGUCUCCGAGUUAUCCUAGAACCAUGGAUUUACUACUUCAUUACAAUACUCAAAAGCGUCAUUACUUUCAUGGUUUUGAAAUAUAACAUUUUGAAAAUGGUAAGUAAAGCGUAAAAAUUUUUUAUGCUUCAUCAUUUCUAAACUGUACAACUAGUUAGCACAUAAAAUGUUUUUAUUUUUUUCUUUAUUGUUGAACUAUGGUUUCCAACUAUAAUUGCCAUAAGCAAAUCUUUAGUAGAAUCAUGUAGUUAUCAAGAAGUUCUUUUGAAGAAUAUAAUGUUAUUUCUACUCAUCAUUUAUAUAAAGAAUUCAAAUUAUCGUUGACGUGUCCGUCUUGUUGUCUUCCAUGAUCUAACAUUAUUAUAAACAUCAUUAAGAAAAUGUCAUUAUCAUACUAAUUUGUUUUUAGCAUGGCUAAAUUGAUGUAGGUUGUUGAUUGUUCAAGUAUAUAGUUUCCAUUAACCCUAAGUGGUUGUUGUCAAUUUUAAUUUAGUAAUAUUUGUAAUCAUUUGUCAAUUUAAAGACAUGUUAAUGUCCAUAUUCAUUGUAUUUACUAUAAGUAGGUACCUAUUUAUAUUGCAGAUCCUAAAUAAAUACCUAUAUUCAAGACUAUUGAUAUUUAGGUAAUGUAAUCAGGAAAUGAUAUCGAACUUACUAUUUUGUUUCAUUUACUGUAUACAUAAUGUUGUUGUAAAAUAUGCAUAAAUAUACCUAUCCUUAUGAAAGCAAUAAUUAAAUUCUCUAUAAAAUAUAAUUAGGUAUCAAUGCAGUUUUCGAUUUAUUGGAGGUCAUUCUAUCCUUUCAAGUAUUUUUAUUAGAUAUGAGUCUAAGGUUGUAUGUCCCAAUUACAGUUCCUUAAUUUUUUUUUGUGUGAUAUAUUUCACUUUUGCUAGUCUCAUUUGUAGAUGUAUAUUAUUUUUCAGUGUUAUAUCAGAGAAAUAGGUACUUAGAUAUCAUAUAAAUGUAUUUUAAAUUGAUUGUUGAUAAUAAAUUUUCAAUAUCAGGA